AUGUUGAUCCGAGAUAUAUGCGGGUUCAUAUUGUCUAUUUUUGUCACUGGCGCAACGCUUUGGGCGUGUAGUUUUAAGGUGGAACAUGUUGUGAUGGGUGAAUUGGCAACAGCUCCUGGGGGAAAGUAUAACUUUUUAACAAUAUUAAAUCUACAUCUACAAGUAGUUUAUUUUGGUGUAUGCAUCCUGAAUUUCUUCCUUGGUACAAAUACAGUCGCAUUAGAAAAACGUUCGCUUUUACAAAAAUUACGCGAUUUUCUCUUUGCUGGCGCAGCUUUUCCAAUAGGAAUGUUUGUAUGCAUUACCUUCUGGGGUUUAUAUCAUAUCGAUCGAAAGCUGAUCCAUCCGAAGGAAAUAGAUGGGCUUAUUUCACCACUUCUCAAUCAUGCUAUGCAUACUCUGCCUGGAGUCGCGAUUUGUUUGGAAAGUCUUUUUCAUUAUCAUCGUUACCCAUCAAGGAUUUUAGGUUUGCUGUCCGUAGUCAGCAUAUCCAUUGCGUAUGUAGCAUGGAUUCAUUACUUGCAUCAUAUUCUUUGGUUAAAAGUACAAAUGAGUGUUUGGGUGUAUCCAAUACUGAAUGAAUUGUCAUUCACGCAUCGCGUUUUGUUUUUGUUGGGUUCAACGAUAUUCAAUAUUGGAUUGUAUCUGAUCGGUGAAAUGUAUACAUCGUUUUUAACAAAUCUACGAACAUACAAAACUGUGCAGGGGAAAAAGAAAUACUAA